AUGUCGCGAUUGCUCGUCGAGAACUAUGUCGUCGUCGGCAUCACACUGUCAUCGCUGGCCGUCAGUCUUCAGAUCUGUCUCAUUCCAUUCUUCUGGUCGCAGUUGGACGCGUUUCGCGACGAGUUCGAUCGCGAGAUGGCGGACGCGUCGCGUGUGUUUGCCGCGACGCGCGAGCUCCUCGCCGGCGACUCGAUGAAAGCGACGCGUCGCGGUCGCGACGCGGCUCGUCCGCUCGUCGACAACGCCACCGAUUUGAAGCUCGGCGACGAGGUGCGCCGCAUCAUUCGCAAAUUUAUGGACGGCGUCGAUGACGCCGACUAUGAUGAGUCGGAGGUGAUGAAGUCGGACGUUGCGGUUCACAAGAUUCCAAUAUGUCCCAUUGAAGAGAACAAGUGUCCCCGGGGACCAUCGGGUCCCAAAGGCGAGCCGGGUGCCGAUGGAUUGCGCGGAUCCGACGGAAUCGACGGUGCCGUCGGCGUCGACGCCUCCGACGAGAUUCUCCCGCAAUUCGCUAGCUUCUGCGUCACAUGCCCGCCGGGCGCCGAGGGCAAACCGGGCGACAACGGCGCCACCGGCAAGCCGGGACCUCCCGGCGCACCGGGAGUUCCGGGAAUGUCGGGAAGAGACGGCCAGCCGGGACCGCCAGGCGUCUACGGACCACCGGGCAAGCCGGGGCGUGCGGGCAGUCGCGGCGUCGACGGCCGACCGGGACAAGACGGCGCCAACGGGAUAGCGACGCCGGGCGCGAAAGGCGUCGCCGGCGAACCGGGCCCGCCGGGUCACGCCGGCGACGACGGCACCAACAAUGACGUUGAGGGCGCCGAAGGCAUCGCCGGGCCGCCUGGUCGGCCAGGACCACCGGGCAAGCCGGGGCUGCCCGGCAAACGCGGCGCGCCGGGCCACGCCGCCGAUUGCCAAUGUCGACAUCUCGUCAAGAAGGCCGUCGAGAUUGCCGAGAACACCGCCUACGUGGCGUUGGUGAACAGCCAGACCGUUCGCAGAUCGCCGAUGAGAAACGCGCCGAUCGCGGUGGCGCCGAGUCGUCGCGGCGUCGUCGCGAUGGAAUCGCAUCUCGACACGGCCGCCCGACUCAGCGGACCAUCGAGAAAGCGAAAAAUUCGGCGAAUCGUGAAAGUGAAACGAGUGGGUCGCGGGCGUCGCGAGCUCACGCGAGUCAUGCCACCCGAUGAGCGAGCCUACUCGAUCGAACGCGAGAUUCUCAUGGAGCACUCGAAAAAAACGCCGACACCGAAUUUAUUGGAGCAAAUCGCGGAGAGGUUGGGCGUGCUGAACGCCUAG